GCUCUUAGCCAACGCUCACCGCCAUACCCCCAUCCGCGGGAACGCUCCCUCCUCCAGUCGAAAAAGGAGGGGCCUCCGAGGGCACUCCCGCCACACAGCGCGAAUUGAGCCUCUGGGCUUUCUGGGAAUUGUAGUUUUUGUCCCCAUACGUCUUUUUUAUUCGGGCCAGUAUGCAGUGAAUCAGAAAACUACAGCUCCCAAAGUGCCCCGGGGCGGCGACCGGCCACAACGGUGACGACUGUGGUAGAGAAGCCUUGGAGGGGCUCUGCGUUCUGGAGUGGCACUGCUUGGGCCGGUGGCGGAUUGCACGCUGCUGGUGUUGCGGCUGAGGAGAGCGGCGAGAGGGUUCCACGUUUCUCGUCGGGAUCCCCGCAAGCAUGAGUGCUGCCAGAGAGUCUCACCCGCACGGGGUGAAGCGUUCAGCCUCCCCAGACGACGAUCUGGGAUCUAGCAAUUGGGAGGCAGCAGACUUGGGUAAUGAAGAGAGAAAACAAAAGUUCUUGAGACUUAUGGGUGCAGGAAAGAAAGAACAUACUGGUCGUCUUGUUAUAGGAGAUCACAAAUCAACAUCUCACUUCCGAACAGGUAAGAAAGUAGAAGAUCAUGAUGGAGAAGGUGAUGUGGCUGGAGAUGAUGAUGACGACGAUGAUGAUUCACCUGAUCCUGAAAGUCCAGAUGACUCUGAAAGCGAUUCAGAGUCAGAGAAAGAAGAAUCUGCUGAAGAACUCCAAGCUGCUGAGCACCCUGAUGAAGUGGAGGAUCCCAAAAACAAAAAAGAUGCAAAAAGCAAUUAUAAAAUGAUGUUUGUUAAAUCCAGUGGUUCAUAACUCCCAAACACUUAGUCUUUGUAUUAAAAGUAAGCCUUAUUGUUAUAAUGCACAGUGGAGGACUGCUUAUAGAGCACAGACCUUUGUAUUAUAAUUUUUAAAAGGCCCUUUUAAAUAAUUACAAAGAGUGUUUGCUUUCAAAUGCCAUGGGUUACACUUUUAUGGGCAUGACUAUAACCAUUUUUGUAAAGAGUAAGAGUUGUAUAAAAUAAGAAAUAAAUACAGUACUCAACUUCCUUUGAUAUUAUCAUCAUCAACCCUCUAAUUUCAUCACCUUAUGGGGGAGACCCUUCUUUAUUUUUGUGGUAGCUAUUUCAUCAUUUCCUUCAUAUUUUCCUCUUAUAAAAAAUGUAUUUGAUACUGCGAUAUGUUCAUGAAAAGUAUUCUUUUAUCUUUGUUAUAGUAGAGCUAUUUAUCAUGGAUAUUUCUGCUGCCAGUCACAAUCUAAAUUAAUUUUGGCAAAAGAUUAGGUACUUAGUUUCCUGUUACUAAGUCAGCUCUACUCUUCUGGACCAAAGCAACAUGAGAGCAAGUACUUUUCACACCUGUUAGGAUGGAGUCACAACUGUCAUACAUUUGGAAUAUUAUGAUCCCAACUAGUCUUUAUAUAAUUUGAAUUACAUUGUGUUAGAUUUUUGAUAAAAUUUGGCCAAUUUUUACAGAAGAAAUUAUUUCCCUGAUCAUUUAGUCCUAUCUAUUUAGAAAUAUGUAAAAUUGGAUUUUUUUUUAAGUAAUAUGUGACCACAAAGUUAAGUUUGUCCCGAAGGUCUAAAUAAAGAGCAGUUUCCCAUAUUUGACUGUGAUAACUUUAUCCUCAUCUACAAAUGAGGAACAGGCUUACUGAUAAGAAGCUGAAACAAGAAAUUCUCUUCAUUUUAUUCCAGUGCUAUUUUAUUAAUUACUAAAAACUAUUACUUUCUAAUUUUAUUACUAUUUCUGUUGAUGUGAGAAUAGAAUCAUCUGACUGCUAUUACGUGGUUGAUUUGUACAGCUGAUUAACACAGAUUGCAUUAUGAACUAGUAAAUGGAUCUUUGGAUAAUUGGGUCCAAAUUCUUAAUGUUUAUAAUGAACAAGUUAAAAGGCUUUAGUCAAACCUGUUUGUGAGCUGAACUAUCAUCCAUCUAGAUACUUAAAGAAUGUAUUUGGAGUGUUGGAGUUUUUCAAAAUUAUUAUUUUGUCACUCUGAAAUUUAGAAUGUGUUAAAAAGAAAUUUAACAACUAGAACAGGUGAUUUCUGGUUGACGAUAGACUCCAUCUUGCAAUUUUAAAUUUCUCACAUCUUUGAAAAAUAGGUGCUACCCUUUAUAGUAAAAUAUUCAAUCACUUGAUGGUAGACAAUAUGUAUGACAUUUAACAAAUACUUGGUUUGAAAAAGUUUGGCUUUAUUCAACACCCACUAAUUUCCAAAUGUCUAGGAUUGCUUAUUAUAACUAAGUCGAAAGUGAAGAUUGCUUUUUAUUUAAGAAUGGGAUAGAGAUGAGUAUUACAGUUUUUUUUCCAAGACGGGGUUUCACCACGCUGGUCAGGCUGGUCUUGAACUCCCGACCUCUGGUGAUCCGCCCGCCUUGGCCUCCAAAGUGCUUGGAUUACAGGUGUGAGCCACCACGCUCGGCCUGAGUAUUACAAUUUUUAAGAGUAUUUUCAUCUCCGUAUAGAGAAAUCCAGAUUUCAGUUAAUUCAUGUAUUGGGUGUUAACAAAAUUCAGGGUUGAAUUUACGUCUAUUCAUCCAUAUGGCCUGGUUUCCUGACACCCAUUAAACAUCAUGCUAUCUUUUAAGUAUGAAAGAAAUUAGAAGGCAACUGAUGUCAACUUAUCUUGGUGUCCAUACUAGAAAGUAUCAGAAAAAUAAAAAUAAAAAAUAAGAAAACAAAGUAUCAGGAAAAUACAGCUUAUUUUUGUGCUGUGAAACACCAUUCAGUGGAAAGUUUAUUGGCAACUUUUCCAUAUUAUUCAUAAUUUAAUACCUGAAAUACACUUAGUUUAAAUGUUUGCUGAUACCCAAGUGUUUACUUGUACCCAUAACCUAACAGUCGUCUAUUGAAAAGAAUGUUUUCAGAUACAGAUUGCAAUGCUGUUUGUAUUAAUAGGCAAAAGUCCUCCAGAAUAAUUUUUUAAAUCUAGGGGAAUUGAAGGUACAGAAAAAAAGUGUCUGGAAUGCCUGAACCAUAGUUUGAGGGCAGAAAGGUCACAUUCUUUGAGUAAAUUGGGGGGAAAUAAAUUUCAGCUACCUGGUUCGCUUCAGUGACUACUUAUACACAGGCCUUUGAUUCCAUUACUUUUCUCCACCACAACCACAUCCUGUAUAC